AUGGCUCUUACACUUCAACGUGCAUUAUCUCAUCUAUUCACCCUAGUAGCUAUACUCUCAAUAUUCCUAGUGACCCCUUCCUUUUGUUUCAACCCUAAAAAGCUCCUUAACGCUUCAUAUUAUUCCACGUCUGGUUCAGAUUGGUCACCUGCAGUGGCCACUUGGUAUGGACCUGCCAAUGGAGAUGGCAGUGAAGGAGGAGCUUGUGGAUAUGGCAACGCUGUUGGGCAACCUCCAUUCUCUUCCUUAAUAUCUGCAGGAAGUCCUCUCUUAUAUGACUCCGGCAAAGGGUGUGGUUCUUGUUAUGAGGUGAAGUGCACAGGGAACCCUGCAUGCUCAGGCAGCCCCGUGAAAGUAGUGAUCACUGAUGAGUGUGCUGGGUGUGGCUCAGAUGCUCAAUAUCAUUUUGAUUUGAGUGGAAGUUCGUUUGGAGCAAUGGCAGUUUCAGGCCAAGAUGAGAAUCUACGCAAUGCAGGAAAAAUAAACAUUCAACAUAGAAGAAUUGAAUGCGAGUAUCCUGGUAGGUCAAUAGCUUUCCACGUGGACUCUGGCUCAAACCAAGAAUAUUUCGCUACCUUGGUUGAAUAUGAGGAUGGCGAUGGUGACCUUGCCAAGGUUGAACUCAAGGAAGCACAAGAUGAUUCAAACUCAUGGGAUUCCAUGCAACAAUCAUGGGGUGCAGUUUGGAAACUUGACAAAGGCUCACCACUGAAGGCGCCAUUCUCUAUCAGGUUAACCACACUUGAGUCUGGCAAGACCAUUGUGGCCAACAAUGUGAUCCCUGCAGAGUGGACUCCUGGUCAGACUUAUAGAUCAAUUGUGAAUUUUGAAACCUGA